UAGUGCGCCUCAUUUAUGGAAUUCACUACCGCUUGACCUCAGAACAUAGAAUAAUCCAUCAUCCUUCAAGCGACAGCUUAAGACUCAUCUCUUCAGCCGGGUAUUUUGCAUCCUGGAAUGACUUUCUCUUUGCAACGACCCAUGCCUUUGAAUGACAUUUUAUGUUGGAUACCGUGCACAACUGGGCGGCAGUUGUUUUGCAUGAUUCACGGGCACAGUGCUUCCUGACAAGAACAAAUGAAGCCAAAAAUCUUCAUUUCAGAGUGCUUACCAAAUUCAAACGUUAACAUUUUUUCUUCGCAGCAGAUCUGUUUAUCGUAAUUUUGCCUGCAUUGUGACUCUGAACUGCCACCAUGUAAAAAACGUCUUCAGCUAAAACCGAUCCGGUUGUGUACGUCAAUGAAAGUACUAACUGUUGCUGCUUUCAAACUGUGCCAAUGUGUGAAUAAACAAACAUUCUCAAGUAGUUUUCUUUGUCCAAUUUGCAAACAAAGCAAUCCUACUGCAACCAAAGCUUCCCACUGCCUCGAUUCUAAGAAACUGGAACUUGGGAUAAGUUUUGGGCCAGAUCAUCAAUGAAUGUUUGUUAAGUGGUCAUUUUCAAAGACUUGCGCUUUAUCUUUCCUUGAGUGAGUGUAAAUUAGUGACGUUCACUCGAUCACCACAAUGGGAUCAGGCGUAACGUCAGGCGAGUGCACCGCCAACAACACUCACAACAUCAGUACUGAGAAGAGUGCUGAGUGGCUUUACACUCCAACACACACUCUCUUUGUAACCAUCAUUGUCCCAGUUUUCUGGGGUGCUGGCGUCGUCGCAAACUCAACAUUUCUGUUUGUCUUACUUCGCCUCCCCAAGAUGAGAUCCAAGAGUAACAUCUUGCUGGCUAACUUGGCGCUUGCCGAUUUGUGGCAGAUAAGCUUUUAUGCUGGAAUCUACCUCUGGAUGUAUCUAGCCUCCCCGGUUCUGUUCUCCCUACCGUUUGUAAGCUCGGCUGGCUGCAUGGGUUUCUACGCCGCAUUCAACGUUGGGUACUUUUCCUCCGUCGCACUGGUGACCGCAGUUUCGCUGGAGCGUUACAUUGCCCUCUGCCAUCCCAUGAGGCAUCUGACGAUUUUCAGCCGACAGCAGGCCUACAAAAUGGUUGGGAUCUGCUGGAUGGUGGGGUUGGUGUUUUCCUGUUCCAUCGUGCCUGGUUCGGCGAUCCUCAACGUGCGAUGUCUUCAGUGGCCCGAUGUGGACACAUUUGAUGGGUUCCCUUCAGUUUCUGUAUCGUGUGGUUCUGUACAUCCCUGGGUUGGAUACUACAUCGAGCCACUGGUACUCAUCCCAUGGCUGGUAAUCGUCAUCGCAAAUAUCUACAUGUUUGUGGAAAUUGUGCGCGCCUUGAACAAACGUAGAGCUAUCGCGGAUGCCGCUACAACUGGAGCACACCUCAGAAUGCUGCAAGUCAGAAACCAGUUUGCGAUUAUGCUGAUCAUAAACGGCGCCGUUUUCUUCAUCUGUCAGACUCCAAUCCGAUUCGUCAAUCUCUCCUUCUGGAUCUGCUUUGUGGCUGGUAUCCCGGACAAUCCCCUCGUUGCCAUCAGUGGGAAUUACAUAUCAUGGAUUGUCCUGGUUCCCCAACUCAUUAACUGCCUGGUAAAUCCUUUAAUCUACGGCGUUACCAAUGCCAACUACCGGGCUGCGUUACAUCAAGCGUUCCAGUGCAGACGACAGCCUGGAAGAGCCCCCUCAACUCAACAGCCAUGUGCUCUUGUUAUAAGGAACAGCCACGCUGAUGUAGAAAACCACCAACAGGAAGCACAAACUGUCAACCAGCUGUAAGAACUUGAAUAAAACUGUGUAGCCAUGAACUGUUAUAGCGACAUCUUAGUAUCAUAGCUUUGCAUAGAAAGAAGAACAUUAUGCCAUCUUGUGAGCUGAAGCUUAGUUGGUAUAUUUUGCCAUCAGAUUACUGUAUCUGUGUUAGAGGUUUUUAACAUGCAUGCUUUCAAUAGCUUCAAGGUCUGAGCUUUUGCCAUUUUGUGCUCUGUAAUGCAAUGUUACAUGAUAUUUUGUAGAUUGGUGGUUCGUGGCUAUAGAUUGAAACAGUGGUUGGAGUAUAUGUUAUUGUGUCUCACUCUUAUUCGAAAAGUUCCAGUUUGCAGACAAGUACAAAUAGAUUACUUGCUAACCUAAAUUUUAGUUUUGCAAUAUUUUCACAUUUUUCAGUGUCAAA